AUGCGAGGAUCAAGAAGAGCGAAAGUGGACAUGCAGAUUGGCUUUCUUCCCCUUUCUGUCUUCCCUUUUCAUGUCGCUCACGGAGGGUGUUCAGGGAAAACGCAGGUCAUCCACAGGGUCAUCCCUCAACAACUAAGUUGCUCCCUACUGAGGGGCGACCUUGGGGUCGGCAAGGGUCAGGACGAGACAGCUUACUGAAUUCCUCGCCAACAUGAACGGCAUCUGAGCCACAAUACGAAGACAGAUGCAGUCGUAUACCUCAGAGGCGUCCCCUUUGUGUUGACAUGCAUCGCGUUAAUCGCAUAUCUACUGUUCAGGCAGACCUUCUGUGCGCAAGAGAUGAAGAUAAAUGUAGAAAUUUGGCGAUUUAUUCCCUACGUUCUGUCCAUUCUGAUAUCUGAACUAUGUCACUGCUGGAAUUGUAAGGGAAAACACGAUAUCAUGGUGUCCUAAUGUCACAAAGCAUACUUAAUUA